AUGAAGAUUGGCAUACUUUGUAUCCUCACACACAAAAAUUCACGCAUUUCAGACCCCACUCUUCACCAUGUAGAGUGUAUUCAAGGAAUGGUUUCCAAAAUGUGUUCAGACCUUCUUCAUAUCCCCCUCACCAGCUCUGGUGCCCUUCCGUACCUUGUAUUCCUGUCCAGAUUUGGUGGAAUUGACCUGAAUAUAAAUGUUAUACAGAGGGGAGGUGAGAGUGAAAUGAACUGCUGUCGGACAUUAAAAGAACUCGAAGUCCAAGUAGGAGAAAAGAUUUUCAAAAACAUUAAAACUGUUAUCAAAGCCCUUAAGCUCAUUGAUGUUAACAAGACGGGUCUGGUCCAACCACAUGCGCUGAGGAGGGUUCUGGAGACCUUCUGUUUGAAGAUGAAAGAUGAUGAAUACAAAAAGUUUGCAAAACACUACAACAUUGAUAAAGAUACUGCAGUGGAUUAUAAUGUUGUUCUGAAGAACCUCAGUACAAAUAAUGACUUGAACCUUAAAUAUUCUAUGAGAAGUCAAGAGGUCCCAUGGGAGGACCAACGAGUCAAAAGUUCCAAAAGAGAUUACCUCCCCAGUCCUGUUUCAUCUGAAGAUAUCUGGAAAAACUGCUCCUUAGAUGAAAUUGAGAGGACCUUUUGCCAAGAGCUAAGCAAAACAUCCUCCUGUAAAGACACCAAGGCACCUCUCUUCCUGGCUUGGGAUUCGGUGGAAGAAAUUGUUCGUGACUCCAUUUCCAGGAAUCUACAAGUUUUCUAUAAUAUGCUGCGGUCACAUGACCUUGGAGACACAGGGCUCAUUGGGCGAAAUAACUUCAAGAAAAUCAUGCACGUUUUCUGCCCAUUUUUAACAACCGAGCAUUUAGUAAAAGCCAAGCCCACUGAGAGUAAAAGUGCUGUGACCGAGAAUAUGACGAAGGAUGUGCUUAUUGAAAAACUCAAAAACUGUAUACGGCAGCCGUACCCAGCAUUCAGAGAACGAUUUCUGGACUUCAGCAAGGAGCCUGAUGGCAAGAUGAAUGUGCAUGACUUCAAGAAGGUCCUGGAAGAUAACAGAAUGCCGAUAGAUGACGAUCAGUAUGCUCUGCUAACUGCAAAAUUAGGAUAUAAGAAAGAAGGGAUGAGUUAUCUUGAUUUUGCAACAGGAUUUGAAGGUAGCUGAUGGCCAAGUGCAAACCUGUCUCCCACCCGUGGCCCUGCCGGUCUUUCGGAGUAGUGCCACUAGGCUGCUGGGGUUGAAGUAGUGUGAGCUAAGAUGUUGAAACGGUGUGUGAGUCCUAAGACUGAAACAGACAUUUUAAAAAAACUUUUUCUUUGUGUUUUGGCCUUUUUUUUUUUCACUCAGCCGCACCGUGAGUACAGAAUUUUGUCGGACAGAGCCUUCUGCAAAUAGUAGGAGCCCAAGUGGUUUCUACAAUUUACUCCCAAGCCUGUGCUUCUCCAGUCACACCUCGUGUCCUUUAAGGUUCUCCUCCUAAGCAUAGAUGCUGGUCAUCUGUGAUUAGUGACACCCACGCACCAGCAAGGCAAAUGUUCCUCCUCCCUUUUUGCAGAUAAGGGAGCAGAGGUGCUAAAAGAUCCAGUGACUCGCCCAGGAUCACCCGGCCACCGUCCCUCCCCUCCUGCCCCAGCCCCGUCCCGGACCCACAUGGUUGUCAGGAGAUUUGCUGGGCACCGUGGAGUCCGGGCUGGAGGCGGGCCUCCCGUUCACCACCUGCUCUGUAAUCUGCUCUCCCGGCCGCACGCCAGGCAGGCGGAUGACCAGCACCCAGCCUCCCGCUUCCUGGCUCUGUCGUCUCUCCCCUCCCUUGUCUCCACUCUUACUGAAGUUUAGGUAGACAAAUAAGCCCUCUGGAAAAGCUGCAGAAAUCACACAUAUAUAUGCAUGACUCCAUGGAUAUAUCAAUGCACUGCAGGCUGGAUGGGGCGGAACCCGGAGCCCUAUUUGCAUUUUGCCGUCUUCCCCGGGGUUGGCCUGGGAGAUGACUGGACGGUGUGGCGGGCCUCGCUAGAGAAGCUGGCCGCUGGGACUCCUCACCCAUCCAACACCACCGCCCCCCCGCCCCCCGCCACCGAUUUCAUUUGACGAUCCUAAGGGAGAGAGGUCCCACACCCUCCAAAAAGACAACACGGAAGCCAUGGAAUUUUAGAAUUUUGACACUUUCUUUGGCUACGUGUUUUAACUGUCUUGGAGGAACCCCCGUCUAGUUUAGCGAGUGCUUCCGAUGCCCGGGCGCAUCCGAGGCUGAGGUGAGGACGUCGGAGCCCAGGGUGAGUGGUCAGGGCGGCGAGCCUGUCACAGAGCGAGCACUGCACUCAGCAGCUUCCUCCCUACCCUCCUUCCCCCUCUCUGCCCUCCAUCAGUCCCCCCAACAUAUGGCCAGAUGCUGAGGGUGGGGGAAGAUGGCGGCUCCAGGCCGUUGGGGGG